CCAUUCGGCAAUACAGUCAAAAUUCUUAAGUUUUAAGUUUCUACAUAUUAAAUUAACCUUUUAUCCUUAUCCCUUAGUUUUUAGAUAAUCUAAAUUUAGUAACAAAUACAUUUUAUGUUAAAAUGUUUACACCAACACGACAAAUGCUUGUAUAUAGAUACGCACUCAGGUUACAACAUAAUGAGGAUUACGAUUCCACGUCGACAUGGGACAGUAGUUCAGAAGAAGACUUCUGGGGAGAAGUCGGUGAUAGGCCUAGUAACAUGUCUGUAGUUGUGUCAAUGUGGACUCCUGACAAAAAACAUUCAGAUCGUGAAAGGUGGAUCUGCAUCUACCCAGCAUACAUCAAUAGCAAAAAAACAAUAGCAGAGGGACGGAGAAUUCCAAAAGAUAAAGCUGUGGAAAAUCCUACACAUCAAGAGAUUAGGGAUGUCCUUGUGGCUGCUGGAUUGAAUAUCGGGGUUGAGAAUAAGGUAUACAGUAGAGAGAGAAGCAGGGAGGUACUCUACAGAGGCCGAAUCCGAGUCCAGCUUAAAAAUGAUGAUGGAUCCCUUGUCAACAAAGCUUUCCCGACAAGAGAUUCUGUCAUGCUGUACCUAGGAGCAAUGAUUCCCAAGCUGAAGUGUAGAGCAGGAAAACAGAGUGUGGCUGAGUACAAUGCAUACAUUGGACAAAGCAGUCAAGUUACAAGCACUAAGAAGAAGGGUAAACGACGAUGAUGAAGUACCUCCUUCUAUCAUGUUCUAAAUUGCGUCUAUGCAAAUUUUUUAAUUUGUUGUUCAAUUAUACAUUUUGUUAAUAUUAAAGUGUUAAGACAUGAUUUAA